ACGCGCAAAGGCGAGCGCGUACAAAUUGAAACGUAAAAAAAAUUUAAAUAAAUCACAACGUAGGUGAGGAAAAAUAAAGCGCGUCAAAUGCUCUGUUGAGAACUUUCUCAAAAUGGAACUCACUUCGAACGCUAUCGAUGCCAACGAAGUUGCAUUUAAGAAACGGAAAAAAAGUGUGGGCAUAAAAAAGGCUAAGGCAAACCCAACCAAUGUGAAUUCAAACGAAACGAGCGACAUGCCAGCGGAGGCCCCCCCGUCUUCUCCAAACGGGAAGAACGCAGAUGAGAAGGAUAUCGAAACCAAAAGUAAAGUAAAAAAACAUAGACUAAAAAAAGUGGACCAGCUGCAAACUGCGGAAGGCGAGACACAAAAUGGAGUUUCAAACAACGGCGAUGGAGAAAUCAAUGGGGAGCCCAAAAAUCAACCAAACAGAAAGGUGACGGAAAAAAAAAAAAAAGACCCCAAGGAAAAUCUCAAUUCAAAGGGACAACAGGAUGAAGGCACAACUGCCGAAACGGCUGCAGAAAAAAGAGCAAAAUUGAAGGAAGCACGGAAAAUCAAAAACGACUUGAAAGAAAAAAAAAACAACCCAAUAAACGUCAACAUCGAUACGUUGCAAGAACAAAUUGACAGCAUUAACAAACAGCCAACAAAAGACACCAAGCAAAUCAUCUUAGAACUAAAAAGUACACUAAACAUUGUGGACAGUUCGAACGAAAUUAAAAAAAUUGAUGGGCUAAGUAUAAGCGAAGUGAAAACCCUAGACGCGUGGUAUUUUGCCAACAAGUUAAAAAUCAUCCCCUGCUUGUUUGAGGACAAACCGUUGAACGCAAACUUGCUAAAUGCGCUGUACUGCAUCGAACCGGCAUUUAGAAAUAAAAAGGGGAAAAUAAUCAUCUACCUAAAGUAUGUCAAGGCGAAAUAUGAGAAGUCGUUGAAGAGGGGCAGCGAGGGAAAGGUGGACGACAGUGAUGAGGAUAACAACGAGAAGAAGGACUCCUAUAAAGACGAGGGGAAAGACAGGCAAGAACAGUGUAGAGGCAAAAUUAUGGACAUUCUAAACCACAAUUUGGAAAAUUUAAAGCAAAAGGAACACAUGAAAAAGGUACUCGAACUUGUGAAGAACGAAAGCAGUUUCAUCAAUUUGAAGCAUCAUUUCGAUUUUCUCGCGAACUCCUCCGUUGACAUGUUUGACGUGUUUCUGGAGCAAGACGGACUAACGUGCAUAAAACAGAUUUUGCAAAAUAUAGCCAAAAGGAAACGCAUGAAAAAAUGCUCCUCUUUGCUAAUUCAUAUUCUGAAGGUUUUAAAAAAAUUAAACAUCACGCUGGAUCAUUUAAAGUGCACCUUGAUCGGAGUCCCCAUCAAUUUUAUCGCUAGAAAUAAGGUCGAUGAGAAGAAUGGCUUGAACUACACCACGGACAACGAGCAGGUUCGGACCUUGGCCAGGGGGCUCAUCGACGAAUGGAAACUUAUACGGGACAGGGCCUUGACCGGCGUGGGCGCCCCGCGCGAGGCGAGCAGCGAGAGCAAACUGGAAAAGGCAGAAAAUAACGAAGCGGAACAAAGCAGAGCGGAGAACGAAGUGGAAAAGGCAGAAAAUAACGAAGCGGAAAAGGAAGCGGAAAACGAGGCGAAAAUUUCGAUAGAUAAUGCCCCAGAAAACAAGCUGGACAGCGCAACACCCCCCCGGGGAGAUGCGGACAGCCGAGCGGACCUCCCAACCAAAAGCAAAACCAUGGGCGCGCUCCCCAGGGAGAGCCCGAACGAUCACGCGAUCAGAAAGGCGAAAUCCAUGAACCUUAGGAAGGACGAAAAAACAUACCAAGAAGGAACGAAGGGAAGUGCCAAUUUCGUCCACCUCGAACGCAAAGGUGUAAUCCCCCAUGGCAAAGGGAAUGAUAAAAAAAAAGCAGACAAGUCCAACGAAAGCAAAAAUAUUAUGCUAGAAAUAAUAGACACGCUUAAUGAAGAGUACGAAAAGAAAAAAAAAAGACAUCAAGAAUAUAAAAAAGCAAAAAUUGAAGGAAAAAUCAAAAAGUUUAGUGCUUUGAAAAAUACGUCUGAAAGUACCAAGAGUGAAAAUCUCCUCCCAGACAUUGCGAGUAUUCCUAAGCCCCAUUUGGAUAGUUCCCUAAGUAAAAGACUCCUGCUAGGCGAUUUUCCUCCACCCCCCCCAGUGCCCCAGCAUCAUCACAUGAGCAAAAACUUCCCACAAAAUGGUAGCAGUGUUAUGAAUAGCUAUGUGCAAAGCGUGAGCCAUCCAAUGAAUAAAAGUGCGAACAUGAUGAGUGCCUCUCCCCCAUCACAUGAUAGGUUCAACAGGGGAAAGGAAAACUACCCGUUGGAGCUCCCAAAAAGACAAAACGGGAAUGCACACCUACAGGAAGAAGCGCCCUACAACAGUAGCAACAUUCAUAGCAGAAAUUCCAGCUUACUGAACAGGACCACCCACCCAACGGAAAACAAAUCUGCGUACUUGAGCAAGUACAACGGUACCCACGAUGGCACGAACAUUGUGAGCCAACCGUUUGGAGAGAACGAAACUUUGUUUGGUUAUCCCCCAGCCAACAUCCUAAACACAGAUAUGAGCUUUUUAAAAAACAAACGUGGCUUUCCACCCGCGAGGUAUGGCGGCAACGCUAGUCACGCGAAUGAUGAGAGGUAUAAAGAAGCAGCCACGUACAGAGCGCAUCAUAAAGAGGGGCAACCACCAGAUCGUAGCGUUAACGUUAACGUUAACUUUAGCCACGUGGAGGAUGACCAGUUUGGUAAUUUAUCGCACAAAAGGAGAAGAAACGCAUCCCCUAGGAAUAACCCAGAUGAUCACCCCGUGUAUGACCAUCCUUAUAGAGGAAAAAGCGGUAGCCAUAAAACGGUCCAAUUUUCUGAUGAAAAUCCAACGGUGUAUUCGUACGAUGCACCCAGAGUGGAUCGAAGCAAAGGAAAAGAAAUGAAAAACAAAAUGAGUGACAUCCACUCCGAGGUUAAAGACCCAUUUGAGUUCUAUUCUGGAGGUACCUAUCACGAAAGGGAUCUGAACCAAGGGCAAAUGGAAAGAUCGGCCAAAUUAGAGGAAGGAAGAAACGGUAAGAUUUUCCACAACAUCAAUGCGAUGUGGUUCAAAAAUAGAGAUGACAUCACUACCAACCAUGUGGGUAGUCAAAAGGGAGAGGAAGAGGAGGACACCCCUUUGAGUCCCUUCACAAACCCAUUCAUGAACUUAUUAACCUUCAAAAAUGUAUCCCAAGAUGGGAACAACCCUGUAGAAGGUGCGGGAGGAAGCAUACUGCCAUUCCUCCCUGGCAUCCAUCCAAAUGGUAACCAAAAUAACGCCUUAAUAUUACUUAACUCUGUUUUAUUGCACGGUGCAGGGAAGAAACUGGAGGAACAUAAUCUCACCAGGCAUCGGGAAGACAGCUUUAACGCCUACCAUCAAGGGAACAAACAUGGUGAAAAAUUCGAAGCCACUUUUGGAACUACCCCACAUAUGAAAGAAAUGCUUCACGCUUCACUAAAGGAGAUCUUUAGGAAUUACAAAAAAUUUGAAAAUGUAAAAAUAAAUUACCAAGUUGCCAUAAAAGGGAACCAUUACCCUCCAAGAAUAUAUGAAGAUAGUGAAGUGCUCAAAAAUGACAUCAUUAUUAAAUUUAAUUAUGACUCUGUGGAGAAGGUUCCUAUUUAUGUAACCUGUGGGGACGCUCCAAAUAUGGCGCCCAGCAAAUACGAAGCUAAAACGGAUAGGGGUACUAAGAACAACUCGGCAAAUGUCGUUCCUGAAGAAUUUAACUUGUUGCCUUUACCAGAGUUGUUUCCCCCGCCAAAUUUAAACAACCUCAAAUUACCCCCCAUCCCGAUCAUACCUGGGCUUCCCUCAUCGCAAAAUAUUAUCCCCCCAAUUAUGUUCCCCUAUAACUCUGGUCCCUUUAAUGAACUGCCUGGCGGCCCGAACCGUCUGCCUCACGAAUCGAUGCAAAGUGACGUCAGUGGCGACCCCACCAGUGCUGGAAAACUCUACAGAUCGUUCGACGAGUUCUUAAACAUUUUUGACGAGGACAUUCGGAACAUUCUGCUUAAAAAUACUGACCUGGCCAAAUUGCUCAUGAGCAAACCGGAUGUCGUGAAGAAGAUGCUGAAAGGCCCCAAGUACAUCAACGAGGCCUUGUGUUCAUUGGAAGAGGAGCUUAAAAGUUGGAACCGGUCCUCCAACUGA